AUGUCUUUGGAAAGAGGAAUUCAGGACAUAGUCGUCGUACGUGACUCGAGAAUUGUGAUUCAACAAGUUCAAGGUCUGGUUAAUUGUAACCAACCUAAUCUCCAAAGGAGGCUAGCUGAAUGUGAAACCCUGAAGAAACGUUUCCAUACGGUUCGAUUGGUACACAUGAAGUGCGAGUUCAACCAGGCCGCUGAUUACCUGACCUCGAAGACUCUUGUCCAAGGUAAAUCCUGGAUUGUUCAGGAUGAUCUCGAGAGACAACACCUGGAAAAAAUAGUGUCAAAGAUUCGCGAACAGUUGAAGGCACCGACACUCGAGUUGACUGUGGAAACCCCAUACAAGACUCUGAUGAAGAAGAUUGCAAUUCAGGAACCAGACAUGGUCCUAACCCUGAAUGUGCCCCUCUAUUUUCUGCCGCCCGAGUUAUGGCUGUAUUCACAAGGUCGCGAGCUCAAGAAGUUGACGACGACGGCGCUCCGCCCAUGGGACCACUCGAAUUUCAGGCCAAACGCUGGAGACGGAUUAAGGUUCACCAAGAGGAUGAUGAUUGACAACCUGGACAAGUUCUCAUCCACACGUCUGAAGAAGAUCAGCAAGGUCGCAGAUCUGUUCGUUCUGGAUGACCGAGAAAUAUUGUACAGACUUCCACACUCUGUUCGCGGAAGACCACGAGACGCCGCGGAUAAUCUGAGACUGGUAGUCCCGAGUUCGCUUCGGGAAGACAUGUUGCACUAUACGCAUGAAGAUUCUCAAGGUGGACAUCAAGGGAUCACCCGGACUCAGGAGAAGUCACGUACCGAAUUCUACUGGCCCGGCAUGUAUGCGGACGUCCAAUAUUUUGUGAAGGAAUGUGUGGACUGUGCCAGUGGAAAAGGAGCUCCCCCGAAUGCUGGACCUUCGCCAGGAAAUAUUGAACCACGGCGUCCUUUCGAGGCAGUUUCUAUGGAUUUCGUGACUCAUAUGCCCGAGUCAGCCAGAGGGAAUACUUUCCUCUUGUUGUUUCAAGACAUGUUUCAGGAUAUGUGA